CCUGUCUCCAAUAGCCCUAAUUAAAACACGUGAUAAUUAUCGCUGAAACGAUAAUUAAACGUAGCAGAGGUUAUUGUUGCUCUGCACCCUCCGUUGACAGCCUCAGGACGUCCCAUUGCGCACGCGCAUAGUGUUAAUUGGCCUGUUGCGCAUGCCUGAGUUACGGCGCACGCUCCUGCGCAUCUCUCCCUCAUCAUGCCGAGACGCCAUCUUGGCGAGAUUAGUUACCAGCGAGAAAUCACGUAAUUGGGACGUGUCGCGUGAAAUUAAUGCAAUGAUGAGUAAUUACGGGAUAAUUAAUGACUAAUAAGUGGUCUAGAGAGGUCAUGAGAGCCUAAUGAAUGUAAAUAAGGUGUGGAACAGAGAUGGGAGACCAUAAUUUGCCUGUUUUCGGACAAUGUCCAGUCAGUGUGUUACCUUGUGUGGAAGACCGGGCCGGGUAUGACGCCAUCUUUUUUUGGUUAGUUACCAGCGAGUGAUCAUCAACAAUGAAAGUGAUUGGGAUUUGUGGAGGGAAAUUGGUGAUUGUGGGGGCAAUUGUGGACUGAUUGACGUGUUAUUAGCGGUCAAGAAGGUGUUUGAAGCUCUGAGGACUGGAAAUAAAGUGUAAAAUGAGGGUUGAAGAGCAAUAUCGAAGGAGUUAGUGAUAAUUAGUGAUAGUUACAUCAAAAAAGUGUGUGUGCGAAUGUUUCACGUUGAGUGUUUAAGUGAAGUUUUUGUGAUUUUCUGUGAUUUGAAGGGGAGCUGAGAGGUCAGAUGAGGUUAUCCUCGUUGUUGGCCGUUGGCAAGGAGUUCCUGUCGUUCCGGGGGCACCGGCAGCCGGUAAAAUGGUGAGUGACAUUUAUAUAAUCUCUCAUAACCUCACAAAAAGGGUCAACAAACCUCGCACGCGAUAAAAUGAGUGACUCCAGUGUCAUAACCUCAAUUCAGAGGAAAUUUCUCGCGUGUUUUCCUCUUUCUGCGUUUAAUUUACCCCGGAAAAUAGAGCUAAACGAUCAGGUAGAGAUAUUUAAGGCAACUGUGGGCGAUCCUCGGGUUCUGGAGUAUCCGAUCAAGCGCGAGUAUCAACAAAAAUUCGUUCGCAAAAUCGUAGAGUCACUGGAAAAUAGUGAGAACGAAGAGGUUUACGAAUUGUUUUACGAGUCCCUUUGCAAUUUGUUGUCCCAAACGACUGAUAAUGACCACAAAACUCAUUAUCGACAUUUUCCCCUGGGGAAUGGGGGGAACAUUGACAGGCUGAUCAUUCAAGAGAGCAGGAGCUUGAUCUCGGAAGGAACUACGGGUCUCUGUUCUUGGCAGGCAGCUCUGGCGCUAGGUGAAUGGUGCGUCCUCCACAGGGAUUUUCUCGAGGGGAAAAAAAUUCUGGAACUGGGGUCAGGAGUGGGAUUAACAGGUCUGACAAUCUUGAGUCUCUGUUCCCCUCGAAAAUUCAUAUUUUCCGACUGUCAUCCCAGGGUUUUAACCCUUUUGAGGUCCAAUGUCGAUUGUCAUUCCCGAAAAAUCGAUCACCCCCAUGAGAUAAUUGAUUUACCCUGGGAAAAUAUCGACGAACAAUUGAGUAAUAGUCUGGAUCUUGAUCUGGUAAUCGCAGCUGAUGUUAUUUAUGAUAAAUCAUUGUUUCCCUCGUUGAUCAACGGUCUCAGGACGUUGAUGUCCUCGGGAAACUGUGUCGGGGUCAUUGCGAUGACUGUCAGGAACCAGGAAACUGUUUCAGAAUUUUUUGAACAACUGAAUUCUGGGGGAUUCGUUUAUGAGGAAACCGACACUCCAGAGUUUUCAAUAUUCAUUAGGAGUGAUGAUACUCCUGUCAGAAUAAUUAAAUUAUCGUACCGUAAUAAAAGAAGUUGAAAAAAUCGUGUGAAAAUUCAUUUACGAAUGCAGUCGAUAAAACCGGUUUCUUCAAUCAUCAAUAACUUGCGAUUGGCAGAGUGAAUUUUAAUAAAUUUUGCAUCAUUUUGAAGCUUGAAAACAAAUCUUCAAAAUGAGAUCUCAUUUAUUAAGAUCGUAUCGUUCUGUCAGGAAAUAUUGACGAUUGAACCUCAUCGAACACUACAUUAUUUUCCCUCGUUCACCUAAUUAGUUAAUAAUUAUUCUGAGAGGGGCAGGGGAGAUCAUUAAAAUCAUUUCAUUCAAUAAGCAAUAAAUUACUCCAUUUGUCAAAUGACAAAC